CCUCUCUUUGUAUGGGGUUGGGCUUUUGACUCUCCUUUCCUUCUGUUAUAUAUAUGUAUAUAUAGACGCCUACUCACCUCCCCCACCUUGCUUCCUCCAACCCCAUCUCUCGAUUUUCUCUGUUUCACAUCAACUUCUCCCUCUGGUGGUGGUGGAGGAAGAUGGAAGCUCAAGACGAAUACGCUCAUAUUGUUAAGGGAAAGCGCACCAAGCGUCUCAGGCCCCACUCUCCCCUCCCUUUUCCCAUCCCUACUAAUUCUUCCACCGCUGAGGGAGGUGAUAGCAGUGGUGGCGAUGAUUCUAAUCUUAUGCAUAUCAUCACCAACUCCAAUUCCGCCUCAUCUCCUGCCAAUUCCUUUGACUUGUUUCAACAAGACAGCUCCGAGGAGGAUGAAGACUUGGCCAAUUGCCUGAUUCUCCUGGCUCAAGGUCAAUCACGGGAGGAGUCCAAGGUGGAAAACGGAGGUGGAAGUGUGGCAGCCGUGGCCACUGCCACUGCCACGGCAAAGGCGGGUUUCUACGCCUAUGAGUGCAAGACUUGCAACCGGACUUUCCCGUCGUUCCAGGCGCUGGGAGGGCACAGGGCGAGUCACAAGAAGCCCAAGGCGUUCAUGGAAGAGAAAAAGAUUUUCGGGUUUUUGGAUGAGGAAGAAUCGCAGUUGAAGCCUCUCACACUACAAUUGAGCAGCAGAGCUUUUAACAGCAGCAGCAGCAAGUCAAGGAUCCACGAGUGCUCCAUCUGCGGGGCGGAGUUCACGUCGGGGCAGGCCUUGGGAGGGCACAUGAGGCGGCACAGAGCCCCCAUCCCCAUCCCCUCCACCAACACAACCCUCUCCCUAAACCCACUCCCCGGCUGCUUGGAGCCUGAGCAAGCCAAGAGGCAAAGAACUCUACUCUCACUGGAUUUGGAUCUCAACCUUCCAGCUCCAGAGGACGACCACAACCAUCCUCGGGAACCCAAAUUCUCCUUCACGCCCAAGCAACAACAACAACAGCAGCAGCAGCAGCAGCAGCAACAGCCAUCUCCUCUCAUGUUCCCGGCCCCCACUUUGGUGGAUUGUCAUUACUAAAAAGAAAGCUUCAAACACUUCUAGUCUCCCCCCAAACUCAUCAAGGCCUAACCCAUCUGUAUUAAUCUUUUACUUCAUUGUUUAAUUGUUUUUAAAUUAUGGAUUCUUUUCAUUCUUUUUAUCAUCGA